AUGUCAGAAGACGCAGGACCUUCUUCACUGGGUAAAAGAGCGCGAAAUGGUACAGCCGAGAUUGAAGAUAACAACGCAGUCGCAAAUCCUGAAAUGCCAAGUGCCGAUAUGGAUGAUUCUUCAGAUGAAGAAAUAGGUCCAAUGCCUGGUGAUGGCGAAGUAGUAGUGACGAACGGAAGGAAAAAGAAGAGAGCAGUUCUUCCUCAUGAAAAACUCUAUCUCGCCUCUCUACCUGAUACAGAUCGUUACUAUAAAUCAUUCAUGCAUCGAGAACCAUUAAAUUCAGUAACUAUGACGAGGACAAAUUUCGUGGUCACAACAUCCGUAGAUGGACAUUUAAAAUUAUGGAAAAAGCAAGAACACGGAAUAGAAUUCGUUAAACAUUAUAGAGCGUCAAUCAAAUCUAUAGUGUCUACAAGUGCGAGUGAUGAUGGGAAAUUAUUCGCUACUGUUUCAGAAGGUGGUGAAGGAAGAGUUUUCGAUGUUGUCAAUUUUGACAUGAUCAACAUCCUCAAAUUCCCUUAUACGCCAAAAGCUUGUUGUUGGGUACAUGAACCAGGAGCAGGUCAAACUCUAUUGGCUGUUUCAGAUAAUUCAAGUCCCACGAUCAGGAUCUAUGAUGGCAGAGGAGAUGGUACACCAUUGUAUACAUUGGAGAAGAUACAUAGAGCACCGGUACAUCGGAUGGUCUACACUGCAAAAUACGAUUGUGUCGUUUCAGUCGACGAAGAGGGAUUCGUAGAAUAUUGGCAGCCUAGUGAACCAUGGGGUUUACCUGCUGUACCAGGAUUAUGGCAAUUCAAAUCAUCAACUGAUUUAUUCCAUUUCAAAAAGACCAAAACCCUUCCUACAUCACUUACAUUCUCCCCAAACUCAUCUCAUUUCGUGACUCUCGCAUUACCCUCACGUUCCGUACAUAUAUUCAACUUCCUAACUGGUAAACUGACAAGGACAUACGACGAGUCUUUGACAGCUGUUAUCGAAAUGCAACAAGCAGGAACAGCGGUCUUCAAACUUGAUGAUAUGGAUUUCGGAAGACGUUUAGCAAUAGAAAGAGAAUUGGAUAGAAGUGAAAGUGGUCCAGGAGGAAUGUUAAGAACUGCCAAUGCCGUUUGGGACGAGAGUGGUAAUUUCGUACUUUAUCCUACUAUGUUAGGUAUCAAAGUCGUAAAUACCGUUACGAACAAAGUCGCUCGAGUAUUGGGCAAAGAUGAAACUCUUCGAUUCCUUAAUUUAUCUUUAUAUCAAGGUGCACCAGCUAAAAAAGGAUUAACAACCGUUCAAAUGGCCGCUUCUUCCAAUCCGUUAUUACAGGAAAAAGGUUCGAGAGAUCCACAUUUGUUCGCUACGGCAUACAAGAAACAACGAUUCUACUUGUUCGCUCAAAGUGAUAAAGAGGAAAGUAAAGGCGACAGAGAUGUGUUUAACGAAAGACCCACUCGUGAAGAACAAACAGUGGCUGUUCCCGCUGCACCUGAAAAACAAAGAGCUUCAGCAAGUAAAUGUACGAUCCACACCACCAAAGGUGAUAUCACCCUACAGCUAUUCCCAGAUAUCGCACCGAAGACAGUGGAGAAUUUCGUCACUCAUGCUAGGAAUGGAUACUAUAAUGGAACUGUUUUCCAUCGUGUCAUCAAGAAAUUCAUGAUUCAAGGUGGUGAUCCUCUCGGAGACGGUACAGGCGGCGAAUCCAUCUGGGGCGGUACGUUCGAAGAUGAAAUCUCGACCAAAGCAAGACAUGAUAGACCAUACACUUUAUCAAUGGCUAAUGCAGGUCCUGGUACCAACGGCUCACAAUUCUUCAUUACCACGAUACCGUGUCAAUGGCUAGAUGGCAAACAUACUGUGUUCGGAAGAGCAGUAGGCGGAUUAGAUAUUAUAAGUGAUAUCGAAGAUGUUAGAGUGGAUAAGAACGAUAGACCGUUUGAUGAGAUUAGUAUGUCAAGUAUAACGGUUGAGUAG